AUGUGUUCGCCGAAAGAUGGUCUGAAUGCUAUGCUGUAUCGCAUCGCCCGACACAAGUCGGGCAUUAUUAUCAUAUAUGGCAGCAGGACGGAAAUCUAUGGUUUAAUUUGUAAGUCGUGGCUUGUUGAGAUCACUUAUGCCGCUAGAAUCCGAAACCCUACUCGUUAUGAGGGAGUGUCCCGGGACGGUGCGGUUGUUGAUGAGGACUUUAUCACUUCGAUGCUUAUUUCUAAAUUUAUUAGAGGUUCCUUGUGUCAUCAAGGAUAG